AUGUCCAGCGGCCGGGAGUGGACGUGCGACAAUCUCUCCGCCGCGCAUUUCCUCGAAUCAUCCGCACCAAAGCACAAGAUUGACCGACGUCGACCACAUUCAGCAGCGCUGGACGGCUUCUCCUAUUCGGCGCGACAGGCGAUUGGCUGGGAAUAUUCGUACCUGCGCCUGGCCUUGCUCGGCAAACUCCACCCGGGCGCGAACUGCCCAUCAGGGACCGCUGCGAUCCCGCUUUUGGGGCCCUAG